AUGGCUCGUGUAACGGUCCCAACCGCGGACGAGGCCGCUCAACCACCUGAAGCCGCUCCAACGCCACCACCACUCCUAUCGAGGGCUAGAAUAGCGAUGAUUGUUCGGAUCAUCACAUUAUUUUCCCUCAUAUUUUCAAUCAGCCUCAUAAGUUCCAAUUCCACCACCAUCACACUCAACAACUCCACCUUCCUUUUCAACCUCAACGACGUUCACGCCUACAAGUACGCUUUGAGUAGUGCCGCGACAGCAUCAUCCUACACCAUUUAUCGCCUGCGUUAUUCAUUCAAGCAACUCAAAUCAGGCACAUUCCAUGUCACCAAUCCCAAAAAUCUCUUCUACGAGUUCCUUGCUGAUAAGGUGGUUGUGAUAUUAGUAGCAACGGGUGUGGGUGCUGCAUUUGCUGCGACGCUGAAGUUGAAGACGAAGGUUCAUGAAUUGGAGGAUACACUUGACACAACCUCAUUUGCCUCAAACGUCCUCAAAUUCGAUUCUUUUUUUAACAAGGCUUAUUUUCCAAAUAUAUUCCUCCUCAUUGCUCUCUUUACCAUUGGAAUUUCAUCACUUCUCUCAUCCUUGGCUCUUAUGAACAAGACCACUUAG